AAACUACCUUUCAUAUGGUCUCUUUCAAAUUACGUUAUUUUCAAAGUAAUAAUCAACAUUACUGAAAAUAAUCACGAGUAUGGAAUAUCUGCCAGAAGAUUGUUUUGCACAUAUUUUAUCAUUUACAUCGCCGCUAGACGUGUGUAGGACUUCUCUAAUUUCAUCGGUUGUGAAAUCAAUGGCAGAUUCAGAUACUGUGUGGGCUAAAUUUUUGCCACAUAAUUAUCAACAAAUUGUUUCUAGGCUGGUGGGCCCCUCAUUCCCCUGUUCUACAGAGAAAGAGUUAUUUUUCAGGUUGUGUAAACCGCAGCCAAUUGAUGACGGUAACAAGAAACAGAUGUUCUCAGUUGAGAAAACAACAGGCAAAAUAUGUUACUCGUUGAGUGCAAGACAACUUUCAAUUUCAUAUGGAAACAACCAUCUGUAUUGGUCCUGGAAACAUGUUCAAGGCUCACGAUUUACCGAAGCUGCUGAACUAAGAACAAUUUGUUGGCUAGAAAUUAAAGGGAGCAUAAACACUGAAAUAUUAUCUCCUAAAACAAUAUACGGAGCAUAUCUAAAAAUAAAAAUUGUGGACCGUGCUUACGGGUUAGACACAUUACCAUCAGAGGUGUCUAUAGAAUUUGGUAAUUACAAAUCACAAAGAAAUGUUUAUAUUUGCAAAACAAAUGGGAAAGUCUCUUGUAAUUGCUAUUCUGUGCAAAAACAUUAUGGCGAUGAUGAAUGGUUGGAAAUUGAGUUGGGGAGUUUCUACACCGAAUCAGUUCAAGAGCUUAGAUUGUGUCUCAAGGAGGUCAAAGGUGUGCACUUGAAAGGUGGGCUAAUUGUUGAUGGAAUUGAACUAAGGCCCAAAGCUUGUGGGCUGUAAUAUUCUUAAAUUUAAGAAAACAACUUUGUCCACCCUCGUAUUUCUAACAAAUCUUCGGAAGUGUAAUUUCGAACGGGUUAAGAAUUGUAUUUUUUCUUCAAAGUACACUUUCGAACAGAUAAAAGUGUUUUGCAUAAUAUGUAAAUCAAAAGUGAUUUUGAGGUGUGAGAAAAGUUCUUCCUAAUGUUCUAACAUAUGAUGAUCAUUUGUAUACCCCCACAUUUAAUCUCUAACCCCCUAGAUCUAGUCAAAAGUUAAUUUUA